GCUCAGGUCAUUCCCUGGGAAUAUUUGCUCCUCCAUCUAGUGAAGUACAUUAUUGGGCUGCUCCUCAUGCCCAAAAACCCCCCAUUCCUCAAGACUGGUAGAAGUCUUCCCAUACCAUCAAAAUUUCCCAGCAACACAACCAUGCAGAAUGAUUCAUUUAUCCUCGUGAGUGAUCGCCUGUGACCUGUCACGUUACUCACAUAUGGCCCCGAGCAGCCUACAGCCGAUCAUACUCGAUGGCCCUUAUCUGGAGCUCUUCUGCCUGCAAUUAUGCAUUUAGGCUCUUGAGACUUUGUUCAGAAGGUAACCAAGACUUUGAUGCCAGCAUACUACGUUCGAUCAAUCACUGCGAUGCUACUGAUGGCCGUAGUGCUUCCUGGCUAAAAUUGCAUUACCUGGCUCAGAAACCGGAGUGUAGACGCUCAGGCCAGCGCAAUAUAUUCGACCUAUGGCGUCUCUUCUGCCAAGAGCUGGCAUGGUUCUCUCUCCGUCUGUUGCCCAUACCUGGCCUGGGAGAGGACCUAAGCGACCAGUUUACUUGGACCGAUAAGCUCGCUGGUGCCCCUCCCGUUUUGGUGCGGUUUGUAUGCAAGGGAAUUUCCCUGAUAUCAGCUCCCAAGGAUCUUUGGAUUACCCCUCUAGCUUUUCAUGAAGAAUGCUCUUGCGACCCCGUCAUGGUGUCCAAGAUAUCUUGACCGUGAGGGUAUAGUACUAAUAUAACAGCCGCCAGGAAAUAUAGUACAUACCCUUUAAUAUUGACCUAAGA